AUGGGCCGCCGCGCCGUGACCCCGCGGCACGGCGACGUCAUCGCCGCGGCGACCGCCGGCGACCUCGGAAAACUCCAGAGCUUCGACCGCGCCGCCGUCGCCGGCGCCGUCGACAAGCACGGCUGCACGGCGCUGCACUGGGCCGCGGGCGGCGGCUUCCCCGACUGCGUCGCCUGGCUCGUCGACGAGGGGCUCUGCGCCGUCGACGCGCCGCAGCAGACCAACGGCCGCGCGCCGCUCCACUUCGCGGCGCGCAACGGGCGCGUCGACGCGUGCCGCUGCAUCGUCGACCGCUGCGGCGGGCGCGUCGACCCGAGGGCCGACGCGGACGUGACGCCCAUCCAGCUCGCGGCCUGGCAGCUGCGCCUCGAGGUGCUGGAGUACCUGGAAAGCGCCGGCGCGGACCCCGCGCGCGUCAACGGCUUCGGCUGCACCGCCGCGCAUUGGGUCGUGCUGGCGCCCAAGGACCGCGCGGCCGUGCCCGGCCUCCACCUCAAGGUCGCGCGCUGGCUCGAGGCGCGGCUCGCGCCGGCGCUCGGCGACUGCUGGCGCCUGCGCAACGCCCAGGGCCACGAGCCGCUGCACAAGGCCGCGUUCUCGGGGCAUUCCCACUUUUGCGAGUGGCUCCGCGAGGCCAAGGGCAUCCUCGACUCGCCCGACGACCACGGCAACUACGCCGCGGACCUCGCGCGCGAGACGGGCCACGAGGCCCUGUCCGCGUGGCUCCGGACGAAGUGCGCGCCGUCGCGCGCCGCGGACCUCGCGGCGCUGCGCGCGUGCGCGCCGGACCUCGGCGACGACCCGGACGACGCGGAGCUGCGGCGCGCGUUCCGGAGCGCGGCGCUGGCGUCGCACCCGGACAGGGGCGGCGACGCCGCGGCCUUCGACCGCGCGAGGCGGUCCUACGAGCGCCUCGCGCGGGGCGUCGGAGCCCAGGCGAACCCGCUCCGCGACGCGGCGACGGUGCGGCGGCUCCUCGCGGACGAAGCCGUGUCGGCGAGCGCGCCGGGCGCGCUCGCCGAGUUCGAGGCGCGCCUCGCCGUCGUGCUGCUCGAGCAGCCGGGCGGGCUCGCGCUCGGCUCGCUGCGGAAGCGCUACGGCCGCGCGUGGCCCGACGCGCCCAACUACUUCCCGGAGCCCGCGGACCACGGCUACCGCAAGCUCGCGCACCUCAUCAGACACGAGGCGGCCCGCGUCGCGCGCGUCGUCGACGAGGACAACGGCAACGUCGUCCUCUACUCCGCGCUCGACAAGGCCGGCCUCGAGCACCGGCUACUCGAGCUCGAGGAGGCCAGGAGUAGCAAUAUUACUUCUUAG